AUGGCGGAUUUGAAGGACGAACGAGGAAACCCAAUCCAUCUAACCGAUGAACAUGGAAACCCGGUCCAGCUCACUGAUGAGUUUGGUAACCCCAUGCACCUAACCGGUGUUGCUAGUUCCACUCCUCAUUAUAAGAAGAGUAUUACUAGCGACAUUGCAGAGCACCCAACCGCUACCCCUACUAGCACAGCAUCACAUCCGGUCGCUGGCGCUGCCACCGCAGCAGGAGUUGCCGCAGGUAUCGGUACCGGUGCAACCGCCACAGGGCAGCAGCACCAUGGCUCGCUUGAAGAGCAUCUUCGUCGGUCUGGAAGUUCAUCCAGCUCUAGCUCGUUGACGAUCCUAUCAUGA